UAUCUCGAUUUCGGUAGAGAUAAGAUAUAAGUUAUUAUAAAAAGCAUUUGGAUAUCCAAAUUGGUAGCAUUUGCUCUAUUAACCCAAUACAAUGAAGCUCUUACUAGUUUGCGCUCUGCUGUGCGUCGGCGGUAGCUUCGCUGCAUCCGUGAAAGCAAGCUCAAGCGGCGUAGUGACCUGCUACUACGGAACAUGGGCUAACGGGAGGUCCGGAAAAGGCCGUUUCGGCGUGAGCGACCUGCCCACUCAUCUCUGCACGCACAUCGUCUAUUCCUUCCUCACGCUUGACGGAACCUCCGGAGGCAUUGUUGCUCCUGAAGAAAGCACUGUUGAAGGGAAAGGAAAUUCCGUGUCUGACCUCAUUGCGCUAAAGAAGAAGAAUCCCGAAUUGAAAAUCUUGGCUGCUAUUGGUGGCUGGAAUGAAGCUUCAACAAACUUUUCGGCGGUUGUCAACGACAAAACUAAGAGGGCACUUUUUGUCAAGAACUUGUACAACUACGUUGACACCAAUGGCUUCGAUGGUUUGGAUUUGGACUGGGAGUACCUUCACAGAGAGAAGGAGCAGCCACUGACAAAAUAUUUGGUGACGAACAACUCCGUCCACACCUGGAUCAACAACGGCGCCUCUCCAUCCAAGUUGGUGCUGGGUCUCGGAGCGUACGGAAAGACCUUCACCCUGACCAGUCUGGACAACACUUCCACAGGAGCACCCGUCACUGGAGCAGGAGUAGGUGGCCCUUAUGUCGGUGAAUCUGGAACUUACAGCUACUUGGAGAUCUGCGAAGACCAAAAGGAUAAUCCUUCUGCAUGGAGCAUCACUGAGGUGGAGGGCAACUACGUGUAUGCUAACAAGGACCUCUUCUGGGUCGGCUACGACAACCCCAACACUAUCAAGGCUAAGGCACAAUACGCCAAAAACACUGGUCUGGCAGGCAUCAUGUACUGGGCCAUAGACUUGGACGACUUCAGCGGCACUUGCGGAGACAAGUUCCCACUCGUUUUCUGCCGGGCAUUGCUGGAUACAACUCUGCUUAAUUUAAACAAUAGUUUUACUAUAAAAUUUCAGUACUAA